AUGGGGAAGCGGCGGCGCAUCCGCAACAUGCUGACGGUGUCGGACGGCUACUGGGGGUUCGUGCACCAGAAGCGGUUCUACCGGUGGCUCUACGCGUCGCUCACGUUCUUCGCCAUCUUCGCCGUGGUCGUGGCCUUCUUCGACGUGGGCGCCGGCACGUCGUACGCCGCGAGCUUCGUGGCCAGCAAGUACACGCAGGGCCAGCUGGACGAGAACGAGCGCCUGCUGCAGUGGAUCUACGUGUUCUACCCGACGCCCUUCGCCUUCGCGUGGUUCCUCGUCUACUUCGCCAAGUUCCUCUUCUGCUGGAAGAUCAAGCGCCUGCGCAAGGCGCGCAACUACAAGUACAACCUCAUGCUGGCCUCGCUGGUCGUGGCCGUCUUCUACGCCGUCGUGCUCAAGUCCGUGCUCAAGAUGACGCUCUACUCAGGCCCCAAGCUGCGCAGCGCUAUCGUCAUCGGCCUCUGCGAGCUCGGACUCGUGGGCAUCGAGGUCUUCGACGAGCGGAAAGAGCGCAAGGAGCGCCACCGGAAGAAGAAGCUGCUGAGGGAGCAGCAAGCGGCGGAGGAGCAGGUCUACCGCCAGCACGAGCACAAGUCAGAUGCAGCAGCGCAGCAGCAGUUGGCGCACGCGCGGGACCCAGCCAACUUGCUGUAA